CGGCUUCGCCGCGCCAGGAGUGAGUGGCUGAGGGAGCGGCGCCCGCGCUCGCGCGCCUCGGGCCCGAGGAAGGAGGGCGAUUCGCCACAGAGCGAGGCCGCCCCAGGGGACGGACGGCCGGCCUGGCAGAAAUCAUGACAACUUCAGGGUAAGAGAACUUCCGAAUGAAGAGCUAUAAAAACAAGUCUUUGAAUCCUGAUGAAAUGCGUCGCCGGCGGGAGGAAGAGGGCCUUCAGCUACGGAAGCAAAAACGAGAAGAGCAGUUGUUUAAGCGCAGAAAUGUUGCUACGGCGGAUGAAGAAGCAGAGGAGGAAGUUAUGUCAGAUGGCGGGUUCCACGAAGCCCAGAUGAAUAACAUGGAAAUGACUUCUAAUGCAGUGAUCACCUCUGAUAUGACUGAGAUGAUUUUUUCCAAUAGCCCAGAACAACAGCUGUCAGCCACCCAGAAAUUUCGAAAGCUUCUCUCAAAAGAACCGAAUCCUCCUAUAGACGAAGUCAUCAGCACACCGGGAGUCGUGGCCCGGUUUGUGGAGUUCCUCAAGCGAAAGGAAAACUGCACUUUACAGUUUGAAGCUGCCUGGGUGCUGACGAACAUCGCCUCUGGAAAUUCCCUCCAGACGCGGAUUGUGAUCCAAGCCGGAGCUGUCCCUAUCUUCAUAGAGCUGCUCAGCUCAGAAUUUGAAGACGUGCAGGAGCAGGCCGUGUGGGCUCUUGGCAACAUUGCAGGCGACAGCACCAUGUGCCGAGACUACGUCCUGGACUGCAACAUCUUACCCCCUCUAUUGCAAUUGCUUUCGAAACAGAACCGUCUUACCAUGACUCGGAAUGCUGUGUGGGCGCUCUCUAAUCUUUGCAGAGGGAAGAAUCCUCCUCCAGAUUUUGCCAAGGUGUCCCCCUGUCUGAGCGUGCUCUCGUGGCUGCUGUUUGUCAACGACACGGAUGUCCUGGCUGACGCAUGCUGGGCACUCUCCUAUUUAUCGGAUGGCCCCAAUGAUAAAAUCCAGGCUGUGAUUGACGCGGGAGUGUGCAGGAGACUCGUGGAGCUGCUGAUGCAUAAUGACUACAAAGUGGUGUCUCCCGCCUUGCGAGCAGUCGGGAACAUCGUGACAGGAGAUGAUAUCCAGACCCAGGUGAUCCUGAAUUGUUCAGCCCUGCAGAGUUUAUUACAUUUGCUAAGCAGUCCGAAAGAGUCGAUUAAAAAGGAAGCGUGUUGGACAAUAUCAAAUAUCACAGCUGGAAACAGAGCCCAGAUCCAGACGGUCAUAGAUGCCAACAUUUUCCCAGCCCUAAUAAAUAUUUUACAAACGGCCGAAUUCCGGACAAGAAAAGAGGCAGCUUGGGCCAUCACCAACGCAACCUCCGGCGGCUCUGCUGAGCAGAUCAAGUACCUGGUGGAGCUUGGCUGCAUCAAACCCCUCUGUGACCUCCUGACGGUGAUGGACUCGAAGAUUGUGCAGGUGGCACUCAAUGGGCUGGAAAACAUCCUGCGGCUGGGCGAGCAAGAAGCCAGGCGCGGCGGCACUGGCAUCAACCCCUACUGUGCCCUCAUCGAGGAGGCCUACGGCCUGGAUAAGAUCGAGUUCCUGCAGAGCCACGAGAACCAAGAGAUCUACCAGAAAGCCUUCGACCUCAUCGAGCACUACUUUGGGACGGAGGAGGAAGACAGCAGCAUCGCCCCGCAGGUGGAUCUCGGCCAGCAGCAGUACAUCUUCCAGCAGUGUGAGGCUCCCAUGGAAGGCUUCCAGCUGUGAGCCCGCCCUCCCCCUCACUCUGUGUUGCUGUGCCUGGCCAGUCCGGUCGUAGAGCCCCGAGUCACCCAUCGAGUGGCCCCGUUUUCCGUAAACACCCGUCUGCGCGCUCUCUUGCUUGCUUCUUUGCGCACACGCUUCCUCAGAACCACAUUUGGAAAACGAUUUUUUUUGGCUCUCCGUCAUGGGAUACCACUCGGGUCAGGGCUUAGCGCCAUCGCUCUUGUUUUCCACCUCUCCGGAGGCGGGGCACCUCCGCCGAGCGACAGGGACGUCCGUCUUCUCCCAGCAAGAGUCCACACUAAAGCGGCGGCGUUCCAGUUUUCCAAAACGAGGGUCGGAGUUUUCUCUUGUGCGUGUGUGUGUGUGUGUGCGGUGCAGUGUUUUUGGAGUCGAGACGGAAGCUCUGAGAGACACUUCUUUUCCCGCGCCCUCUCCCGGGCGCCUGCUUUGUUGGAUGGGGUUUCAGAGAAGCAUAUUGAUGCUGCCACAGGAUGGAUUUGGACGGUGGCUUUUCUCUGUGUGUGCGUGUGCACGGCAGCCUUGGAUCCUGAUAAUAUAUAAAUAUACCUAUGAUAACUUCACGGAUGUAUUACACUGAGCUCUCUGUUCCCUGUGUCAGCGCCCCGCCCCCCCGGUGAAUCAGCGGCUCCGGUUAGUAGGAACACCAUACUGUUGAAAACUGUUUCUCUCGUAAGCGGACUCUUGCGCGCCUCUGUGGUUUGGCUGCACGCACGGGAUUUGUGUGGUCUCUUCAGACUGCCCAAGGAACUGAAAACCGGCCUCUCUCUUUUCCUUCCCGGUGGCACAGUCCCGUUCUGAUUGCGAUGACACCCUCGAUCGGGUCGGGGGAAGGCGGAGGAACCAUUCCGCUCAUUCCCCAUGGCAUAAAGCGACUCUCUGUAUGUUCAGAUUUACUCGUGUUUUCAGCAGCCCUCCUCGAGAAGGUCAUCGGAGUUGAGGAAUUUCCCCCCACUUGAGUGUUAUACCCGGCCAGAUCGAGCGGGGCUCUCUGCAAAUCACAUUUUGUCGUGAACUCUUUAAUAUGCUAAAUGAUGGGCGCGAGAGAACGAAUGCGGCUCCCCCAGUUUGCAUCUGCUUCUGUGGACUGCUGUUCUCAAGUUGGGUCAGAAAGGAGGCCCGAGCACUGCUGUUUUCAUUGCGCGCCACACGAGCACCUCUAACAGAAUCUAAGCCGCCGAAGCAGCGUCUGCCUUUCAUGGCUACACUACAGACAUUUCCCCUGGAACGUUCCUUUCUGACCUCUUAACAGUACGUCCGACUUAACAGUACGUUUCAUUUCUGGCAAAACUUCAGCACUUCAGUUCACUUCUUCCCCCCAGCCAGCUGUGACACAGCACGGCUUCUGUGUACCUGUAGAAUGCAUCAAGAUUGCAGCCCUCCGUGUGGGCGGGAUGCAGGCACCGGAUACGAAUCCUGGUCGGGCUUUGAUCUUCUCUUCCCCAAGGCUGGCCGACCUUGGUAGCAUAGUCUUAAUCUAACCAAGGGGAUCCGCCGUAUAAGCAAGGCAGUUUGCUGUUCUGUGGCCGCCCGGGUUCCACAGCAGGGAUUCUACCUUCUCCGGCAUCUUCUUUCGUCAGUUGGAACUUUCAGAACAAAGGACUUCUCCGAUGCAAAUAUCACACACCCAUAACCAGUUCUGUUGUCAGAACUGCUCGAGGGAUCCUCCUUGGGACAAUUCACUGAAGAUGACUGACCCGGAGGGCGAGCGCCCACAGGGAAAUCCACUUUGUCGAACACUUAGAAAAUCCGGUCUGAUCAGCGCUCUGUGGCCUGACUCUUCCGUUCUUCCCGAACAGUUUGCGUCCACAUCUGCGCUUCAGGACGGAAGCUUCCGCAGCCGCUACUUCCGUCCAUUGUCUGUCGCUGGGCAGCCCCCAGAUGACUUCCUUCAGUGCGACUCGAUGCUGAAGAAACACCUUGGGGGGCGUAAGCCAUGGUCGGCCUCUAAGUGGACUUCAGUCGUUUGUGAUUUUAGGGUUUUGGAAUUAUUGCGGAGGUCUUUUUGCAAAAUACCAUCCCCGGUGGUUUUGGGGGAGGGCAGACGUUUUCCCCGCCCCCACGUGUGGGCAAGAAGCCGUGCUUUCAUUUCUGAAUUUUGGCUUUGGUGAUGCAGCACAGGGGUGUAGCUAAUGUGGUUCCCUGGCUGGCUGGGACUGGCUUCCAGGGUGGGGGGGGGUAAGGAAGCCCCCUCCCCUUUAAAGGAAGAGAAGGCGUGGAAGUGUCAGAAGGGGUUAGAAACACUGCACGGAAAAAAGGUAAGCGGGGUGGGAGGGGGUGGGGGAUUGUUUCACAAAAUGUUUUGCUCCGAAAACGUUUGUGGUUGACAAGUUUGGAGCAGUACUAUUUAAAGCUUAGUUGGGUAAUUUAAAGAAACAAAUCUCAAUGUUGCCUUUACAUCCCAUAGUAAAUAACCACAUUUCUUUCUUGAAGGCUGGUAGAAGCACUGAGGAGUAGCGAUCUUGUUUCGGCUUCCAGAAUUAUUAUUUUUUUUUGUGGCUGGAUUUUUUAAAAGUGUAAAUUACCGAUCAAUGACAUGUCAUUUCUAUAUUAAGAUUUGUUUUAAAUCAUGUACUUUAUUGGAUAGUAUUGGGGAGGAGGGGAGGGGAAAGCUACAUAUUUUGUACGCCAACUUCAGUGAAGCGUUCUGUAUGUGUGCGAUAUUAGAAAUGUCUCACAUACACAACCACUGACGGUGUGUGUAUAUGUGUGUGCAUACAUAAGAGUAUAUAUGCACAGACACACUCCAGUGUGUGCGCCUAAUGUGUAUGUAUAUAUGUAUAUUGACACACAUCCUAUAUCUUUCUCACACUGAAAGUUUUUUCUCCCGGGCUUGUGAGAACGUGGUGCAUUUGUGUUCCUGCUAGGAAAUAAUGACAAUUCUCUCUCAAAGGGGUGAAUUAAACCAUAA